GAACUAAAGUGACAGCUCAUGUCCCCAUUACCCCCCUUAAUGCCACUUUUCAUCCUUUAUUACUUAAGUUUUGUGUGUAUGUACUUGUAAAUAAUAAUCUAACGUCGUUCAAAAACAGCACAAAACAUGAGUAAACCUUGAAAGUUCAGCAAAAGUGCUUUCUUGGUUCAACGGCUUUUCAUUUCUUGAGAUAGAGAAAACUUGGUGGAGCUCAGGUGAUCCACGGGGUGAUUUCAGCGUUUUUUUAUUCUCAGUCCAAGUUUCUCUUCAUAUUGAAGACGUUCUUGGUGUCUCAACAAAGAUGCCAGAUUUAAAUGAAGCAAAGAAAGACACUGAACACAAUGUGACACAACCAAAGGAGGAUAACGAAUAUGUAAGGCUGGUGAUAUCCAGUGAACCAAGAACAUUGGAUGCCGAUAUCUUACGGCCUCGUUCACAACCAAGAAUAAGAUCUUUCAAUUGGUGGAUCAAGGUCAUAAUAUUGUCCUUGAUUACUAUUGUAGCUCUUCUUAUUUUAUUGAAAUGGGGAGUUCCAUUUUUGUUCAAGAAGGUUCUUGUACCAAUGAUGCAAUGGGAGGCUACUGCAUUUGGUCGUCCAGUUCUUGCACUUGUACUAGUGGCAUCUCUUGCCCUAUUUCCUGUGUUCUUAAUACCUUCCGGUCCUUCUAUGUGGUUGGCUGGCAUGAUUUUUGGGUAUGGUCUAGGUUUUUUUAUAAUUAUGGUUGGCACUACUAUUGGAAUGGUUCUACCCUACAUGAUUGGUUUACUAUUUCGAGAACAAAUUCAUCAAUGGUUAAAAAGAUGGCCACAGAAAGCUGCUAUGAUUAGACUAGCUGGGGAAGGAAGCUGGCUAUAUCAGUUUCGUGUCGUCGCAUUAUUUAGAGUAUCACCAUUUCCAUACACAAUUUUUAACUAUGCGAUUGUAGUGACAAGCAUGCGGUUUUGGCCUUACUUGUGGGGUUCAGUGGCAGGAAUGGUUCCAGAAGCUUACCUUUACAUUUAUAGUGGGCGGUUGAUAAGGACAUUAGCAGAUGUUCAGUAUGGGAACCAUCAAUUGACAGCUGUGGAGAUUAUAUAUAAUGUCAUCUCGAUGAUAAUUGCUAUUGUUACGACAGUUGCAUUUACAAUUUAUGCAAAGAGGACUCUAAAUGAACUUGAAAGUGCAGAGAGAAACAGAGCAGAAUCCUCUGUAGCUGAUCACCGCACUGCUGAACUGGAAAAGCUUCCACUUGAACAGCAUAAACAUCUUAAUUUUCCAUCAUCAGUAUAAUAGAAGAUAUGUGCCAUAUAUUGCUAGGGUGUAAAUAAUGUCAUAGCAUCAAGGUGUUUAUUUUGAAUGAUCCCUUAAUUGUAACUAUAGAAAAAGAUAAUGUAAAGCAUAGGGUAUCUGUAAUACCAAAGACUGAAAUGAACCUAUCGUUAUCAUACAUGUUUAUGUGGGUGAUAAUCUCUAAGGAUAGGAAGUUCCGUUAUUUGGAAAGGAAGGAAAUAGUUCAACUGCUGAGGAGUUUGUUCUUUGAUCAA